UGUUCAGUUACAAGCUUGUUAAUUAAUAGGGCAGACAUGAUCAAAGCUGAGAACAAAAGAAAUGAAAUGAUAAAGUGAUAUGAAGACUAAGCAAUGCGAGCAGUUAGUCAAAUCAUUAUGAUUUUUGCUCUUAAUGAUACUGAUGGUGAUGGAUAAUUAAAUAAUCGACGCUGAGGGAAUGACAAUAAAAUGGCUCAUUACUGGAGGAUGGAAGACAAUGGAAGAUUAAUUGGAGGGAAUAGCAGACAUUUAAUUAGUAGAAAGCUGGCACGCAAAAUGCUAAGUAGUGGUAGAUUUGACGCCGCAGAGAGUCAGUGGUGUGCGAUGAACAAAAGAAACAAGUGUGAUAUGAGCCGCAGGGUAAAAAUGUACACCCAAAUAACAGCUCGGGCUGCGAACGAGACUUGGCCUAGGAUAUUAUUAUCGGAGUAUCUACGGCACGCAAAGGCAAAGGGAGCCGUUUUAACGUUUGGUUUUGGUAUCAUUAUGCGUGAAUAUAUAUGUAUGUAUAGAUAUAUCAGCGUAUCAUAUCGACGAGUUGCAAAACUUCAACUUCAUGAAGUGGAAUUGACUUCUGUGAUGGUUGCAAACAACAGUAGUAACAGUAGAAGAAGAGUAAGAAGAAAAAGAAGUAGUAUAAGAAGAAGAAGAAGAAGAAGAAGGACCGAAGUAGUGACCGCGUGUGCACACAACCACACAAUCUUCGCACGCAUCGACAUGUGUAUUUAAAUUAGUCGCCACUGCAGGCUCUGGUGGAUUACAGGCGUGUAUAAAAGAAGAAAAAGGAGGAGGAGGAGAAGAAGAAUAAGUGCGGGUGUGAAGGAAUCUGAAGAUGAAAAAUGAAAUGUUUGGCAGGAAGAUAUUUUUCAAGAAAGAAAAUGGGUAUUUUCUUCAUUCCACAUCUAUGUAGAUAUAUAUAAAGAAGCUCGUCCAAUAACCAUGCUGUGUCUUUUUAAAAGAUAUCCCAAGAGCGUGAGGAUUUGGAGUUCCGAGAAGCUGUGAAAUCAAUCAAAGGGACGGCGUCGCGAAAAAUAUAUACGGGAUUGAAGAGCCUUGAAUAAUAUGAGGAUGCAAACAACGAAAUGUCAAUAAAAUGAUUAUAAGAUGGAUUGGCGUGAUUUUAUUAUCAUUAACCUGUUGGUAAAAAAGAUAAGAGAGAUAGAUGGGUCAUCCGAGAUGGUCCAAACAAGCAGGAGUAAAGGCAACAAUAUAGAUUUUCAACAGAUUAUCCUCGAUGUAUUUAAUUCAAACCAAAUAAUCAUUCAAGACUUGGACCGGAGAAAGAGAAACCAUAUGAAAUAUCAGCAACGAGAUUACUACGAGGGUCCGAUCCUCCGGGACUUGAAUCUCCUGAAUCUUUUUUCUCAUUUCAUUCACUUAUUCUAAUAUUCAUAUAUAUAUAUAUUUAUAUCUAUUUCUGAGUUAAAUUUCUUCGUUACUCAAUAUCAAUUAAUUUGCUCUUGUCCGCGUUACGUGUGCGUGUGUGAUACGCACACGCAGUAUAAAUCCCCACUCUGGUUAUCUAGGCGUGGGACAGAAGAAUAAUAUAAAAAAUCCAUUUUUUCUCUCAAACCGUACGGGGCGCUUCGAAGCGCACGAAGUAAAGCUACAAAAAUUCUGGACAUAAUGGACAUGAGCAGCGAAUCGAGCGCGGCGCGUUGGUAUGAGCCGCCGAGGACGAGUCUAGAGUCUGCGGGUGCUGGGGGUGCGGGUGUGCCCGGUGUCAACCCCGACUAUAGAACUUACUACCCUCAUGCAGCGCCGACGCCUCAUCAUCCCGCAGCAGCCGCCCACUACGCUCACAGUAGAAUGGCAGGAAGUGGCGUAUCUGGUGGACCAGUGAGUCAGGUCUGCCGUCCACAUUUUCACGGCAUCCAUCCCUGGUUAUCCAGUACAGCGGGAGACGCUAAGCCGUGGGCAUUUCCAGCGACAACGGCGUCGACCGGUGGGACUGCAGAAGAUAAACCUCAGAGUCCUUUGGGCUCGUCGUUACCACCUACCACUGUGAGUUUGUCAAGCCACGGUGUCAAUGGAGGACACAACCUGUUUUCAUUUCCACCCACGCCGCCUAAAGACGCUACCCCUGACAGCAUAACCACUAGCACGAGUUCCACAACAAAUAACAACAAUAAUUCAGCGAGCAAUAACAAUAGUACAAAUAAUGGAAGCAAUUCACUGGGUCUUGGUGGUGGUAACAGCGAAUACCAAGCGGCAGUGGCACAUGCGGCUGUGAUGGGGGCAUUUAUGCACCACCAAGACGCACUGGGAGCAACAUCGGGUGGCUCGUGUGACGUUAAACCAUCGGUGAUGCUGGGUCAUCAUCACGGCGCACCUUCACCCCCACAUCAGCACAACGGGGGCAAUAACGGCGGAGGCGGUGGCCAGGUGAAACAGCGAGAAGGUAAUAGCCAAUCCACGAAUAAUGGUGCCGGUGGUGGUACAAAUUCGGCUGUUAAUGGCCAACAGCAGCAGCAACAACAGCAGCAGCAGCAAUCGGCAAAUCAACAAGCGAAUGCACAGCAGCAACAACAGGAUUACCAGAAUCCUGGCGGUGCUACUUCACCAUCGUGCAGGGACUCCUAUCAUCCUGCCUCCCAUCACCACCAUCAUCAUCACGCGACCUCAACUUCCCAGUAUGAUCCUACUGCGAGCGCUUACAACAUGUAUUCGCACCUACAGUAUCCUACCCAUCACGCCCACAAUCCACACAACGGAUCCUCGUUGUUUUCUGGAUCCCAUCACGCAACAACCGGUGUACCCGGUGUUGUCAGUCCUGACGCAAAACUUCUUGGCUCCUCGCACGGCAACACCCCAAAUUCACCCGGUUCCCAACAACAGCAGCAGCAAAAGCCGAGGAACAAGUCCAGAACGUCCGCCGAGGGUCGCGAGUGUGUCAACUGCGGAGCAACUUCGACGCCACUUUGGAGACGAGAUGGUACUGGACAUUAUCUCUGCAAUGCCUGUGGGCUCUAUUACAAAAUGAAUGGACAAAAUCGACCGUUAAUCAAACCCAAGAGACGUCUGUCGUUGCAGAGUGCCGCGAGAAGAGCAGGCACGAGUUGUGCAAACUGCAAAACCGCAACAACGACCCUUUGGCGAAGGAAUCAAGCUGGCGAGCCGGUGUGUAACGCGUGCGGCCUCUACUACAAACUCCACAAUGUUAACCGACCAUUGACGAUGAAAAAGGAGGGUAUACAGACGAGGAAUAGAAAAUUAUCCUCAAAAAGUAAAAAGAAGAAGCAGGGAAACUGUCUUGGCUUGAGCGGCGUCAUGGGUGACAUGAUCAAAGCAAGCGGACACUUGGAUCUUGACAACAAGUCAUUCCACACUGGAUUUGGAUCACCUAUGGGAACGGCCCAACAUCAUCACUCGAUGCACCCAGCAGUGCAACAUUACAUGUAUCACUCGGGAGUCGGAAUGGCCGGAGGUCUUCAUCAAGGAUUCGCGCCACCCGCGCCACCGCCAAUUCAUCCGCACUCCCACCCACACUCGCAUUCGCAUCACAUGACGAGUUUGCAGGGUCUUCAGUUAGCAGCUACGACGAAUGCUAUGACCGGUUGGAGGUCCGAGUACACAUGAAUGAGUACUUAUGACCAGUAAACAGCAGCAGCAGCAUCAGUACCAACACCAGCAGCUCAGGACGCAACCCACCAUUCUGUCAUAAGCUUUUUUUAAAAAACUCGCGCUAUUGGUAUCCGUGUGCUCACAUAUAUUUAUACGUAUAUGGAAAAACCUCGUACGCGUUUACACGUAUGUUAAAGAUGAUACCCAUCAUCUUUUUAUUUUAAACAUUAUUAUUUUAUUUUUUUACUUUUAUUAUUUUAAAAUUGAAGGUUUCAAAAUCUUCAACUUGUUAUAUAAAUAUAAAUUUAUCAACAGCAAAUAAUGGAAUCAAUGCUUACGCGUUGGAAUUAUUUUUUUUGUAAAUAUGUAAAGUAUACCGUAGGGUUUAUUAACCCCCCGGUCCCAAGUACAAAGUCAGCUGUCGUUUUAAUCGAGUCGUUAAAUAAUACGUUUAACUGUAAAUAAAAAAAAAAACAUAAUAAUUAUAAUAAUAUACUUAUUAAUAAACUCAUAAAUUAAUUAUGAACAUUUAAAUUUAAAUAAAUAAUAAUAAUGGUGUACUAUUUAUUUGAUUACACGUUCGUAUUUGUCUUUAAUCACGACGGUAUGAAGCCAUCGCAAUCAACGUUAAUCAAUUGAACUCGGUUUUAAUUUUCACCUCAAGUCACACCUUAGAUAUAUCAACUAAAAUUAUAAAUAUAAAUAUUAUUAUUUCUAUUAUUAUUAUUAUAAAUAUUAUAUAUUAAAGAUCAUUUUAAUUGUAUGGAUGAAUACCCUCGUGUGUGCGUUAGAUCACGAGCUAAUAUGAAACGACACACAGCCGACACUACACCCUGGGAAAUAUAAUAAAUAUAUGAAAAUGAAAAAUUAUCUUUAUCGGUCAUUAUCGUGCAAUUUAAGGUAACGAGUGAAGAUUUUUAUCGAAACACGACGACUGCUUCCCUCAGCUGACCUUUUUAUCCUUUAUUCUGAUAUAUUUGUCAUCAUUAAUAUUUACUGCGCUGACAGUUAACAUUAGAUAUUAUUAUUAUUAAUUAUUAUUAUUAUUAUGAAGAGAUUAAUGAAUUUUCUAUAAAUAAAGUUAUUUGUGUGAUUAAUUAAUUAAAUUUAAAUGUGUGUGAUAAAAAAAAAUAAUUAACGCAUGGGACAGUCGUCGGUUUUUAUUUUUUAUUUUGAUUUCUUUUUUUUAUUAAUUCAAUUUGUUAUUUAUUGCGUUGGUUUAUUUUUCUUAGUGAUCGCGGAUUAAUUAGUCAUAGAAGGAUAUAUAUAUAUAUAUAUAUAUAUAUAUAUAUAUAUAUAUAUAUAUAUAUAUAUAUACUGUAAAAAAUUGGGAGUGAAUUCGGAGUGGACGGAUUUUAUUUAAAUCAGAAUUCACUUGGUCCCGGAGUUAAAAAAUAAAAUCGCUCCGCAUUCGGAGUAAAUAAGGAGUUUUUUUAACGGAGUGAUUCGGAGUUUUAAUAAUUAAAUAAACUACUUUUAGGAGUGAAUUUUACUCUGAACCGGAAGUUUAAUAUUAAAUUAAACUUUCCUUUGGAGUGAAUUUUACUCCAAGGGAAUAAAAAAAAUAUACAGUCAUCUGCUUUGAGUUUACUCCUGAUUGACUCCACAUUCACUUCUUUCUUUUUUCGGUGUAGAUAUAUAUAUAUAUAUAUAUAUAUAUAUAUAUAUAUAUAUGUCUUAUUGAAGGAUUAAUAAAAAUAUGUGUCACAUCAUACACCAUAAAAAAAUCGGGAGUAAUUACGUAUUUUAUUUCAAUCCGAAUUCACUCCGUCACUCAGUUCUGGAGUUUAAAAAAAAUCACUCUCUUACGGAGUGAAUAGGGAGUUUGUUUUUUCAGAAAAGUGAUUUAGGAGUAAUCUGAAUUUUAUUUCAACCCGCAUUCACUCCGAUUCGGAGUCUUAAUAUUAAAAUAAACUCCGCAGAGUAAAUUUUACUCCGAGAGGAUUUAAUCCGCGUUCACUAAGAACUUUUAUUAUUUUAAUUUUGUCAACCUUAAUAAAUUGUCAUACAUAAAAAAAAUAAAACACACAAUAGAUAAAAAUUUUCAUUUGAAAUUUCUAAUUCAUGUUCAUCAAAAAACCAAUUUUCAUUAUUUUGAAAAUUUUCAAUUUUCUUAGCGGAAGUUGUAAAGAUUAUUAGUUUAAUUAUCAUUAUCAUUAUUAUUAUUAUUAUUAUAAUUAUAAAUAAAUAUAUAUUGUAAACGAUAGUAUAUGGUUAAUAAACCAUUGAGAGUAAGUGAUGGUGUAUAAUUACUAGUAAUCAGACACAUAAAGUUAGAUAGUCAAAGUAUUAAAAUAAAAGAAUGAGAGAUAAUCGAUAAGUUUUAAUAAUAAAUAAAUAAAAUAAAAUAAAUGAACGUUUAAUUACUCGUUUUUACGAACUUAAAUGUCAACAAUUAUUAAUUAUUAUUGAUAGUUAAUUAAUGAAGAGAGGGAGAGAGAGAAUUACGAGACCACAUUGUGAUUUUUGAUUAUAGACCUAAUUUUAUUAUUAAUCAGUUGAUUAACUGAUUAUUAAUAAUAAUUGAUUAAUUAAUAUAUUUGAAGUUCGGCAAUUUUGGGCCAGAGGAGUCAUCUCUCAGCAAUAAUUGCUAACAAAUUUAUUAUCUUUUUAAUCAACUAAAUUGCGAGCGAAUAAUUCAUUAGUUUUGUGAUUUAGCAAAUUAAAUUUAUUACCAGUAAUGAAUUUUUUUUGUUCCUUUUUUUUAAUUACACGUACAUAUAAAUAUAAAUAUAAAUGAUGACUAUACAUAGUUAAAAUAAAUAAAUAUAUAUAUAUAUAAAUUAUAGAGUAUUAUUAGGGACGUAGAUGUAGCCUGUAAAAUAUCAUUUUUAAAUAAACAAUUAAUUGAUUAUAAUAAUAAAUAAUUUUCUCGCCGAAUGGGAAAACAAAAUAUAAUAAUUAAAUAAAUAAUUAAUAUUAAUUAUUAAAAAAAAAAAUAAAAUAAAAAAAAAAUCUAAGACGAGAAGUACGAUA